UUAGAAUCGAAUUUUAGUCUUUUACGGAAUUACGGAGGAGUAUAGACGGGCUUUAAAACAUAUAAAUUGGAUCUUUAGGAGGUGACCUAGGUCAACUGUAUCAGCUUGACCAGUGUCCAUACUGUGUAUCUAAACUGUCCUUUAGUGGAUUUUUCCGGUUAAGUGGGCAAUUUUUCAUCAUCACCGCAUUUAGACCCCAUACAUACCGGGGAAGCACUAUUGAGAUCAACCAAUCGCCUACCCACCAUCACCGGAAGAGAGUAAACAGUGUCUCCCAGAAGCCAUGGCGACUAUUCCACAUCCGGUUUAUUCUUCAAGCCCGAUUUCUGCGCUUACAAAUUGGAGCGAAAUGUACCCACUUGGUCAAACAAGGCCUUACCCGAUUGGUUCGAUUGGAUUACCUCUCCACACAUGUCUUACCUUGAAUGCGUACACUUUCAACCAAUGGGGAUCGGCAAUGUACCCUACAUUUGUGCCAAGGGGAGGGAACUCUGAUUCAUAUGAAAAGCGAAACCGGAAGGAGGAGAACAUUAAUCGAGAAUUUUUACCGGUUCGAAAGCCUCGAUUUGACUUCGCCAAUCUCGCAAAAGCAGCGACAGAGGGCUCCACCGAUAGAAGGAAUGGAACCGACAUCGAGGCUCAGAUCAUUAGUCAUGUGAUGAUGAAUAUCGGCUCGUUAAGGUACAAUCCGAUGACGAGUAGUUUCAGUCCGGUGACGUCAUCACCACGCGCUACCCCCGUGGCCCCAAACAAACGACCUCGUGGGAGAGGACCAGCAAGAACCAAGAAAGAGUUUAUCUGUAAAUACUGCGGUAGGAACUUCACCAAGUCUUAUAACCUAUUGAUACAUGAACGGACCCACACAGACGAACGGCCAUAUUCCUGUGAGAUCUGCGGCAAGGCUUUCCGACGUCAGGAUCACCUCCGCGACCACAGGUAUAUCCAUUCUAAGGAAAAACCGUUUAAGUGUACGGAGUGUGGAAAGGGGUUCUGUCAGUCCCGGACAUUAGCCGUUCACAAAACUCUUCACAUGCAGCAACAGAAUGGCCAAACACCCACGAAACCCCUUAAACUGUGCAAGACUACAUGAUUAAAGCGGACAACACUGUGAACUUAUGAAUAUUCAUGUUUUAUUAUGACGUCCGUGCACCAACAGUUACCAGAAAUGGCAGACAUUAGGAUAAUAAUUCUCAGCCAAAUCUCACGAGUGCCUUAUCACGUGUACCAUUAGACUCGUGACUGGAAAAUCGCUUUCUCAUUGGACAACUGUGGAAUCGAACUCAUUACGUGACAUUACUGACAAAGCGUACUCCCGUGAGAAUGAUUCAAAAUGGCGGUCAUUGUAUAUUUAUCGUACCUCGGAUAUUUUGGAUAUUUUUUAUAUUUGAUAUUCGCCCUCAUCAUCAAGGUUGUGACUGAUAUAACUAAUAAUGUAUUUAUUUUACAUGAACUUAUGUUAAUGCAUGAAUGUGAUGUUAAAAUGCUUAGGCCAAAUGCAAACAAAUAUACGUUUUAGGUCCCCCUGUCUUCCCUAUUUUAUUCUUGCCCUUCACCAAUCUUCCCUUUAUGAUACAGUUUAACUCAUUCACUCCUGAAGACACAUUUGAACCCUUCCAAUUCGAAGGUUGGAAUAGUUCAUUAUGAAAUUCCAGGGGGGAAUGAGUUCAUACUGCUGUCGAACACAUAUUCUACUAAACAGGAAAACUUCGAUAUAACGACUUAGUAAUAUUUGAAGAAAAAAAAUCUCAACAUAUUCAAAGGUCCCUUUUCCUUAUACCUAAUCAUUUCCUAAAACUUGUCCCUCGCUAUAUGGUCAACCCCUUUUCUGAGGUCAACAUUUCACUCAAAACAUGCUGGAAUUAAAACGAGGUUUUAUUUUCGACAAUUCGUUUUUACCUACGUAAUCUGAAACAUGUACUGGUUGUGUUUAGCCUUGUGAAUGUUUGUUGUGAGUGCGCGUGCCUGUGUGACGUCUACCUUAACCCUUUCACCCAUAAGUAACUUUAGUAGACUCACCAUGCAUUGAUCUGGAUGAGUCCAUUAUGGUCUACAGUGGUGAAAGGGUUAAGCAGUGAGUGAGUUUAUGAUGUCAAAUGCUGUGUAUGUAUAUUAAUGAACAUUGUGUAGAAAGUCUAGUCAUAUUGAAGUUACUUAUGUCAUUAUAUUACAUUUUUUUCAUAUUUCCGGACUCAAAUAAUCCGGACAUAGCGCCUACGGAACUUGCUAUGAAUAGUGUAACCUGUCUAAACAUAUAGGGCUUAGAAAUCUGUCUAAACCGGAUUUAAGCAAGUCCAGCAAUAUACAUAAACCAUGUGUGCAUUUGACAACAAAACCUGUCCAUAGUGAAAACUCAUACUGACCCCGACAGAGUUCACUUCGAAGUAUUUGGUUCACAAUAUUACGUGCUUAUUUUUAUUUAUUCAUGAUAUUGCUAAAUAUUUACUUGUGCUGUUUCAUUGUGCUUAUUAUUGUAUAUACAAGCAAAAGGUGCUCGCUAGCACGUGAACAUGUACGAUUACACGUGCGUGUAAGUGUUUGUUGUUUCAUAUGUUACAAUGUCUUUGUGUGCCUGCGCAUGCGCGAUAGUUUGUUUAUGUUCGUGUGUUAUAGUGUGAUUGCGCGUGCUUGUAAGCCAGUUUGUUUGAUCCUUUCGUAAGUAACAUGUAUAAUGUCUCAUCGUGAGAGUGCCUGUAUGUAUGUUGUUUGUUCGACAGUGCAAUAAGAUAUACUUAAUAUGAUAGUAAAAUUUUGUCUCUUUGCACAUUUUUUCAGAGAAAGAUUCGGAUAAACGACUUUUCGGAUUGUAUGAUUAUUAAAAUCCUUUGGAUACUAGCUUUCUAGAAACUGGGAAAAGCCUUUCCAGACGACAAUACUCUCAUAACUUCUAGAAACAUAAUGUACUGAAGUAUUUAUGUCGGGAUUUUAGGGGUCUAAUAUGUGUUGAUUGACAAGGCUUUGGUGUUGCAUAAAAUAUUCAAUAUUAGUGCCGUCCGGAAUGUGAAAUUUCCGGUUUGUACACUUCCGGAUUAAUCAGUUUUCACUGUAUCUAUAUGGCGUAUGGCUUUCCUCGAAACCGAGGUUAAUUGUGACCUAUUGUUAUUUUACUAGAAUAAAAUAUUUCGA